AUGACGAUUUCGUUUCGUGUGAACCCGGAAUACGCUAAAAUGAGCGAAAUUGUUCCGGGUUUGUUUAUUUGUGGUGUGAGUUCGUUGACGAGUGAAGAAAUCAAGAAGUAUAAAAUCACUCACAUCAUCAAUGCCACCACUGAAGUGCCCAAUUUGCGUAGCCUUGGGGAUAUUCAACGCACGAAACUGUGGCUCGAGGACACCCCACAGACCUAUAUUUAUCCCCAUUUGGAACUGCAAAGUGACCAGAUUCAAGCUAUUAUCGCCGACGGAGGUAAAGUACUUGUUCACUGUGUGGCCGGUGUGUCACGGUCGGCUUCGAUCUGCUUGGCGUUCUUGACCAAAUAUAGGUGUCGAUGUUUACGCGAUGCUUAUCAUCUGAUGAAAUCAAAACGGCCGAUGGUCCGUCCGAAUCUCGGAUUCUGGCGACAGCUGAUCGCAUUCGAGCAGAAUGUCAAAGAGAAUUCUGGUAGUGUACGAUUGGUUCGUGACGAGGCUCAACCAGAAUGCCUACUUCCUGACGUGUACCUCUCAAUCGCAAUCAAACCACGGCCAGUGAGUCCAACGGACCACGAUGCCGAGCGGCAAAGCGACGAGCCGCGAGAACGAAGAGUCUCUGGCAUUCGACCCAAAUUCCAGCCCGUACUCGAACCUCUCAUCGAAAUCACCGAAGCCGUUUGCUAA